AUGACAGGCUGGCUCUCCUACAGCCUGCGCUUCGGGGGCCAGAGACAUGUUAUCCGCAUGUGGCAUAAGAAACUGUUUUGGCCCAGACAUCUGCUGCUGAUGACUCAGGAUGACCAAGGAACCUUGCAGAUGGAUUACCCCUUUGUCCCCCUGGACUGUUACUACGUCGGUUACCUGGAGGGUGUUCCCCUUUCCACAGUCACCAUGGAUACAUGCGAUGGGGGCCUGGAAGGCAUUAUGAAGCUGGAUGACCUUGCCUAUGAAAUCAAACCCCUCAAGGAUUCCCAAAGGUAUUACAUCAGCGUCAUGGUCAUUUUUCAUGAAGGGGACCCAGCCUCCAUGAGCUCCUAUGACGUGCCAGGAGCUCAGCACAUUGGGAGGACUAUUGGUCUGCACUAUGAUGCAGACACUUGUGUUUGCCAGAGAAGGACCACCUGCAUUAUGCACAGAUACCCUGUGCUGACAGAUGUCUUCAGCAACUGUUCCUUCUCAUACCUGCAAAAUGUUUUCACCAUGGACCAUGCCCCAUCAUGCCUGUUCAUGACUGACAUCGUGUACACAAACAGGACCUUGGCAGUCGCUCAGUGUGGAGACGACGUCGUGGACGAAGGCGAGCAGUGUGACUGCGGCUCCUUCAAGCACUGUUAUAGCAACCCGUGCUGUAACAGCGACUGUAGUCUGACGCCUGGGAGCGCCUGUGAUGUAGACAGGUGCUGCACAAACUGCACCUACUCCCCUCCUGGGACGCUCUGCAGACCCAUCCAGAAUGUAUGCGACCUCCCCGAGUACUGCCUGGGGAGCACCUCCACAUGCCCUGAAAAUGUUUAUCUGCAAGAUGGAACCCCGUGCACAGAGGAGGGCUACUGCUACCAUGGCAACUGCACCGACCGCACCAUGCACUGCCGAGAGAUCUUCGGUGAAGGGGUCGUGCAGGGUCCAGACGUCUGCUAUGCUAUAAACAAAAAAGGCCACCGAUUCGGGCACUGCAGGAAAGUCGCUGUGGCUUUCAAUCCUGAUGCUUGCAGGGAAGAAGACAUUAAAUGUGGACGGCUGCAGUGCACCAAUGUCACUCAUCUGCCGCGGUUGCAGGAGCAUGUCGGGUUCCAUCAGUCUCUGAUAUCAGGGGUCUUGUGCUUUGGGGUGGACUUGCACCGUGGGACAGAGACAACUGACGUUGGUCAUGUGAGAACUGGUACCCCCUGUGGCUUUGGAAAGUUCUGUCUUAAUACCUACUGCAAUGGUACUAUGGCUGCAAUAGUAUAUGACUGUGAGCCUUCAAAAUGCAACCGCAGAGGAGUUUGCAACAAUCAAAACAACUGCCAUUGCCAUGUAGGCUGGAAGCCUCCAGAAUGCAUACAAAAAGGUGCCGGUGGGAGUGUCAACAGUGGCCCCCCUCCGAGAAGAAUGCGGUCGGUAUCACAAAAUAUUGAGUUAGUGGUGUAUUUCAGAGUGGUCGUCGGCCGUUUGUAUGCCAUCAUAGCGGGAGUCCUCCUUGGAGUGGCCACCAAUGUGAGAACUAUCAAGAGCACUACAGUCGCAGCAGGGACGGUGGGAGCUAAACAAUAA